AUGAAAAUGACAAACAUCGCGCUUUCUUUUCCAUUCAAAAUCCUGGCCCGAGGAACCAGUCAUCUUCAAACACCCACAAAUGAUCCUGCCAGCGAAUCCUUUAACUCCCACGUCGACGGAAUCCUCGACCAAAACCAAUCGCGAGAGUUUCAAAAAAUGACGCAGGAAGAAAAACUCUUCAGUUUGGAAGAAAUCUUCAAGAAAAUGGACGCCGAUGAAAAUGAGGAAGUUGACGAGGACGAGCUGCAGCAGUGGAUGAGAUAUGUCGAAAACAGAUUUGUGUUUGAGGACACGGAUGCGAAGAUGGAACAAAUGGACUUGGACGAAGACGGGAUGGUCUCGAUGGAGGAGUUCAAGGAGGCAAAGUACAACCCAGAGCGAAUUUACAAAGAUCCCUCAAUCAAUGCAGCCACAGCUAUGUACCAGAAAAAGAAGGAUUUACGAAGAUUCGCUGCUGACACAAACGAAGAUCGCCAUCUCUCCCGAAACGAGUUCACCCAUUAUCUCCAUCCUACGGGGCAUGUGGAGAUGAUGGAAGUGAUCGCUUUGGAAACCUUGGAAGAUCUUGAUAAAAACAGCGAUGGGUACAUCGAUCUUGCAGAAUAUCUUGGCGACAUUGGAGCGAGAUCGUUCUCUGACAAACCAGAUCAAGAAGAAGAGACGAUUCUUCCGAUGGGCGAUGACGAGUUCGACGAAGAACCAAAUACUUGGAAAGCGCCGGGAAUCGACGAUGAUUGGAUCGAAAAUGAAAAGCGCAUUUUCAACAAAGAAAGAGACAUUGAUGGCGACGGCUUUUUGAACAUGGCCGAAGUGAUGCUUUGGAUGAAUCCGCCGGACUUCGAUGUGAUACAAUCUGAGGCAGAUUAUCUGAUCGCAACUGCCGACCGUGACGGAUCUAGCACGCUUUCCAAACAAGAAGUUUUAAAAGCUUAUGAUGCCUUCAUUGAAUCGCCAGCUACUCACUGGGGAAGCUCCCUUCUUCAUCAUGAUUCAUGA